AUGCUCCACAAACUACUUCUAUUCAAUCAAAUUAAUGGCCGUCUACACAUCGAUGAUGAUGAAGAAGAUGAGGAGCGGCGCGUAGGUGUGGCCACUACCCGCUUGGUAAAUAACAUACAGAAACCAACGGCAACUCAGUCAACCAACUCUAGAGAUCCAACAUCACGAUUUUUACAGCAUCAGCAACAACAGAAUAACCAACAAAUCUACAACUACCGGGACCAGUCACAUCAUCAGCAGCAGGUUCAGCAACAGACAAAUUAUAAUUUGGAGGAUGUCAUAACCAGACGUAUGGAUGGCACUGCAGGUGGUGGUGGCCGAGGUUCAAUUAGGGCAUCCACAACGACAUCAACAGCAAGACCACCAACAACUAGAUAUAUUUCCACCACCACGGCAAGGACAACAUCAAAACCCUUACUCAAGAAACGUAAAUUGAUAGUCAAACAACAGAAACCAUCUAAGGGAACACCCAUUUCCAUAUCGGAUAGCCAGAAAGUAGGCAGUAACCGUAGGCCGCAUAAAUAUCAAGAGCCUUUUAAUCGAGUCAAUAGCUAUGACACGAAAGCCGUUUCAAUAACAUCGUCAGAACGUACAAAUUCCGAUUAUGAUUAUUACGAUGAUGAUGAUUCUCGAGUGGUGGGGAAUCGUAAAAAUCAGCAGCUCAAAGUGAUUUUGCACGGUGGGGGUUUAAUUGAAUGUCUGGAUCAAGGUAACUUCCCGCAUCCAUUGUCGUGUCGCAAAUUUAUAUCCUGUGCCAAAUUCGAAACUGGUGGUGUUGUGGGCUGGGAAUAUACCUGCCCUAAGGGUUUGAGCUAUGAUCCGGUGGGUGGCAUGUGCAAUUGGGCAGCUGGUUUGGGAUGCAAUGAAUAAAUAG